AUGAAGUUCUUGUGUCUUCCCGGCGCAUAUGGAAGCGCUGAUAAAUUCCAAGUCCAACUAGCACCUCUCGUCAACGAACUGUUGUCUGACGAUACUGCCCAGUUUCGUUUUGUUGAUGCGCCAUGUGAGGCAGUGCCUCCGGAGGGGUUCGAAGAUUUCUUCGGAAAACCUCCCUACUACCGCUUCAUCGAGCCAGAUGAGAAAGGGACAGAUGAUACUGAUGUCUUAUCUCGAAUUCGAGAUUUCCCUGAAUGCGAUACGGCCGAAGACACAAUGCGAGAACUCAUGAAAGAGGGUGUUGCCAGCAGUGUUCGGAGUACGAAUAGGGCCAUUGAGUACCUAUUUGAAAUCAUGGAGAAGGAAGGUCCCUUUGAAGGGAUUAUUGGAUAUUCUGAGGGAGCUACUGUCGCUUCAACCUUUUGCCUCGCUGAACAGAGACGAUUCGAAGAAACCGGAAGGAAACCUCAGAUCAAAUGCGGCGUGUUCUUCGCCGGCUGGCCACCUUUAGACCCUGCUACAUUCGCCAUGGUGCUCGCGGAUGAGUCUGAUCUCAUGAUUAACAUCCACACCUGUCACAUCAUCGGCUCCCUCGAUCCUUACGUUGCGGGCUCAAUGGCUCUGUAUAACACGUGCGAACCCGAUACAGCUUACAUCUUUGACCAUGGCAAGGGUCACACACUUCCAAGAGAAAAAGGUGUCAUUAAGGAGCUUGGAGACGUCAUCCGUAACAUGAUCGCAGAUGCGUCAGAAUAG